AUGUGGGGGAACUCGAUGGAGAAUUUAUCCCGCUGCUGUGUGCUCCUACUGAUGGCAUUUAGCCACAUUCUUGGACAAGAUGAACCAGAUGGACAACGCGCAGUGCAGUGCUCUUCGUUCAUGGGCAAUGAUACUUCAUUCCCGAACGCCACAAUUGUGACUGAGGAUGCUAUGGAAGAGGUGGAUAAUGACAUCCAGGCUUUUGUGAACUGCACACAGCCCUUCGGAGUGAUACUGUUCUCCACACCAAUCAUCAACACCUUGACUACAGUUCUGGUUGAUAUGCCCAUGACAUUUGGCACAGUUAAUGGUACUGAUGUUGUCUUCAACUGCCCAACAUCCGGAUCAAUUUUCGACAUUCGAUCACCGGGAGUGACCCUGUCCAACAUGACAUUUGCCAACUGCACAUCACUUGAUGGUGCAGCUCCAGUGCAUAUAUCGAACUGCACCUCCUUCCAACCUCCAGUGAGACUGGAAAACGUUCAGUUCCAGUCAAACGCAAACAGCAAUGGUACAGCGGGCCUUGACAUAUCCCUCGGCUGCAACGCACAGCUGAAAAAUGCUUCCUUUUUCAACAAUUCGGGCCUGGAUGGUACUGCGAUAGACAUCAAAAGCGGGUCAUUAGUAUCUGUGACCAGCUCAAAUUUCCAUCUCAAUGUGGCGGCGAGUCGAGGUGGAGCAAUCCAGGUAAUUAACGCAUCUCUGAAAAUAAGGAUGUGCAAUUUCACCAGCAACAAGGGAGCCAAUGGGGAAGGUGGCGCUGGAGGCGCGAUUUACAUAUGGGUAAGACAUUAUGAGCAUGUGAAUUCAUUAAAAACUGCUCUUUGUAUUUCCGCUUCUUCCGUUUUAUGUAUGUUCAAUCAUUACUUUUGA